ACUAGCUGAUACCUCCAAAUUAAGAACCCUCAGACAACUUCUUCAACUGCAAACGCCUUUCUCUCUCCAAAAAUCUUCUUCUCUCGUUCACUCUAAGAAAUCUGUUGAAUCUUCCUCUCUAUCGUAUUCCUCUCUUUCACUCUCUGAACUUGGUUUAAUAGGUUUUUACAAAUAAGUUUUGCUGAUUUAGUGGGGUGGCAAAAUUUUGGGUAUCGUGAAGGGGGUGGCGAAAUUUUGAGGCAUCUGAGCAGACUUCCUCAAAAUAGGUGCUCUCCCCAAAUCCCUAAUUCCAACACUAGUGAUUUUAGCCAUAGGAAAGCGGAUCAUGAAUCAGGAAGGGCGCUCAAGUAAAAAUAAAAAAUUAACAAAAUGCAUUGCAGCUGGAUCGCUUGCAUCUUUGCGAAACCUAAAGGUUUCGUCAUUGAAAACAAACAGAGUUAUUAAUGCUCCAAGGUCACUGCCUCUGCAUUCUACUUCACACUAGCACAAACAGUACAUGAGCAAGUGCAACAAAUGCCACUGAACUCUACACCUUCUGCAUCACAAGCAGUGCGUGAACAAUUGCAGCAUUCUACUUCUACAGGUGGAUAGGUGGAUCGCUGCCUCUGCAUUCUACUUCUGCACCAGCACAAACAGUACAUGAGCAAGUGCAACAAAUUCCACUGAACUCUACCUCUCUUGCAUCACAAGCAGUACGUAAACAAUUGCAACAACUACCACUGGAUUCCACCACUCGUGCUUCACAAACGGUACAAGAACAAGUUGAGGAUUCUUCCAAUCAUGAAACAAACGAGCAAUCCGAGGAACAAGGCAAGAACAUGUAGAUUUCAAUAGUUAAAUUCAAUAACGUAAUGACUUUUGGUGGCUAUUUUACUUCAUAUUAAUGUAGUUCCUUCUGCCAAAAAACGAAAAAGAGGAAAAACUUAGAUGCAAAGUGUUCAUGGUAGGAAAGAGCGCAAGCAAAUUGUGCUAAAUGAGAACAAUCAACCCAUGGGUCCUACUGAUGAUGAUGUAAAUGAGUUGGGUAGCUUCCUUGGUACGUUGGCAAGGAAUGCGACCUUUUGUCCUCUUAAUGUGUUUGAUUGGAGGAAACCUGAGACAAAAGAAGAUAUAUGAAAAUAUGUCAAGGGAAAAUAUGACAUUCAUGAAGGUGCAAAAAAGUGGGUUUUUUCAAUCAAUUUGAAAUGCUUGGAGAAAGUACAAAAACCAGUUAUAUAAAGACCAUUUUGAACCCUAUGAGAAUGACGAGCUUCGAAUGGAGAAUAGGCCGGUUGAUGUUCUGGAUUCUCAAUUUAGGGAACUUCUUAGAUAUUGGAACUCUGAUACCUACAAGAAAAUGAAAGAAACCAACACUGAGAAUCGCAAAAAGUUGAGAUAUCCACACACUGCUGGCAAAAAAGGUUUUGCUAGAAUAUGGGAGGCUGAAAUGGAUAGAAUACAAUCAACACAAGAAACUGAAGAUGGCAGUCAAUCAGUUGACGCGUUUGCAUCCGUCAUGGGACCUGAGCAUCCAGGACGCCUAAGAUUGUAUGGACGUGGGGUUACCAAGACUUCCUUAAAAAGAAAAGUGGGAGAUAUUGGAACCUCUUUAAGUUCUACCGAUGAGAUGUUGCAACAAAAAAUGGUGGAAAUGGAAGAAAGGAUGCAACAAAGAAUGCAGGAAAAGUUCAAUGCACAAAAAGAUGCCAUGGAACUACAAGUUGCAGUUAACUGAUUUCACAACUUAAGCGUCUUAAUCCAGAUUUACAGGUUGAUCCCAGCAUGCUAGCUUUCGAUGCUCGUUCACCUGGAGAUGCUUCCGCUUGUUGUGCAACUAAUCAAUCGUCUAUCUACUGGGAGUAAUAAUCGAGGUCAGUACGUACUCUUCUUCUCUUAUUCCUCCUCCUCAUCCUUCUUCUUCUUCUUCUUUUCCUUCUGUUGCUUUUCAGCCACUGCUCUCUCUGAUAAGGCAUAGUGACUGUUUGACGGGAAAUAUUUUGGUAGCUGGAAAUAUUUUUGAUAAGCAGUAGAGCGCAAAUUGGUGUGCUCACGGGAAAGUAAUUGCUAAAAGAUACGCAUAGUGACUCGUAGAUGCUCUCUUCUGCAUCUUUUAUCAAAGCUGAGAAAGUUUUCACAACUAGAAAGUAUAGGGAAAUAACACUGAUCUACUCCUGCUUUUCUUCUAUAUAUAUAUCAAGUAAACUUCAGUGUCUGAUAUAAUUAACCUUCAAGAAAAACACCUCAUUACAUUGAAACAAUAAGCAAGAAAAUCAAAGGUACAAGACAGAAAAAAAAGUUUUUAAUUUAUAGAGAAUUCAAGAAAUGGCGCCAGUGAAGAAUAAAGAAAAUGCUGGAAUGUUGAAGGUGAAGGGAGUAGUGAAGAAACCAGUUUCUAAGGCGUAUUCUUUUGAUAGCGAUAUGAAGAAAAUAGCAGAAGAUGAUCCAAGGAAAAUUGUUCAUUCAAUUAAGGUUGGAUUGACCAUUGCCUUGGUCUCAUUUUUCUACUACUUUGAACCUUUCUUUCAUUAUGAGGGAUUUGGUGUUUCUGCAAUGUGGGAAUCUAUACAGUAUGCAUCUUUCAAAAGCAUUAGGAACUUCCUCUAGUUUUUUCAUAGAUGCUCUCUUCUGCAUUUUUUAUCAAAGCUGAGAAAGUUCUCACAACUAGAAAGUAUAGGAGAAUCUAUACAGUAUUUGUGUGGCGUGGGUGGAAGGUCUGAUUACUAUAAUGCAUUUUGAUUGAAAUUAACUGUACUUGUUCUCAUUCAUAAUGGAAUCGUUGAUGCAUAUUAGGGAUAUGUCUUGACCUAGAUGUUUGUAUGCAUGCAGUUCACAAGCAUAUACCUGAAAUCAGCUACAUAUCUGGUCUUUAUAAUUUUAUAAUUUUUUAGUCAUAGCAGCGAUAUAAUCUCAGGUUGUGAUAUUUUUGCUGUGACAAAGAUUAGCAUCUUUGCUCGUCCCAUUCUCUUCUCCAACCCUGUUGAAAAGGUUUACUAUUUCAAAAUUAUACUUGAAAACUCUGAUGGAGGUUAAGCUAUGG